UCAAGAAGUACGCCAAGUGUUAAAAGUGCCGGAACGUCCUUUGUCCGUACGCUACCUCCUCACUCUGACAAUAAUUAACUGCAACCCCAUAUUCCUAUCGUUCUCCAGAAGGGUCUGUUGCACUGUUGGUGUUUUGUGAAGUUUUGACUUAAUUCGCGUAGAAACCUAAGCAUCUACUAUCUAUCUGAUUAAUAAAGUGACUCACUGACUUUGUGAUUUUGCGCGAUAGUAUUUUCAUCGGGAAAAUUUUGAGGAAAAACUGUGUGCUUGGUUACUUAAUGGCAGUUUCUACUCUUAAUAUGGCUCCCUACUUCACUGGCUAUCCAUUUCAAGGACAAGGACGUGUCAAUCAGCUCGGUGGCGUUUUUAUAAACGGUCGUCCGCUGCCGAAUCACAUCCGUCUGAAAAUAGUGGAAAUGGCGGCAGCAGGAGUCCGUCCCUGCGUGAUAUCCCGUCAGCUGCGAGUGUCGCACGGGUGCGUGUCGAAAAUCCUGAAUCGGUAUCAGGAAACGGGUAGCAUACGUCCCGGCGUUAUUGGAGGAUCGAAGCCCCGCGUUGCGACAGCAGAAGUCGAAACAAGAAUAGAACAAUUGAAACGCGAAAAUCCCGGAAUAUUCUCAUGGGAAAUACGGGACAAACUAAUCAAGGAAGGAAUCUGUGACAAAAACAACGCCCCUUCUGUCAGCUCCAUAAGCCGGUUGCUAAGAGGUGGGAAAAAAGACGAUUCUGACAAGAAAAACCACUCUAUCGAUGGAAUUCUAGGACCUAACUCUUCCUGUGAAGAGAGCGAAACUGAAUCUGAACCUGGGAUUCCCCUCAAACGUAAACAACGUCGUUCUAGAACAACGUUUACCGGCGAGCAAUUAGAAGCGUUAGAACGAGCUUUCGGCCGAACCCAAUACCCCGACGUCUACACUCGCGAAGAACUCGCACAAAAAACAAAACUAACAGAAGCUCGAGUUCAGGUUUGGUUCUCCAAUCGGAGAGCGCGAUUACGAAAACAACUGAAUUCCCAACAGUUGAACGCAUUCAACACAAUGUCCUUGCAAUCCGCUUUUCCGGUACAGCACCAAUAUCCCGAUCCGGCAGCUUUUAAUCAAGCCUCUUGGGCUCAACAAACCUACGCUUCUGCAGCUUUAGGUACUUCCCCCUUAGCCAGUUCCUUGUCCCAUUCCGCCCUUUCUUCAAGUGCUAUUGGAGGCACGACAAUUGGAGCGACAACACUUGGCAGUUCGACUUCUACAACUUCCUCGCCCACCAGCUCUGCUCAAUCAUCCCUUUAUAAUUCUUACAACUCUAGUAGCAUCGAACAAACGAACGCUUUGAACUCUGCCAACCAGUUUGGUUAUAACAUGGCCCAAAUUUCUCCAAGUCAACAUGGAGUAGCAGCCCAACAGUCCAGCGUUUGGUCGAGGCACGCGCAGAAUGGGAAGAUGCCCGAAAAUCUCACAGGAUGGCCGGAAAACUAUAGUUUAUUCAGUAGCGGUCACUACAGUUCCCACUCUCCCAGUGAAGCCAAGUCGGGCUAUCCCUACUUCGGUAGUAUGGAAAUGUGCGCCAGCCGAGUCCAUUAACCAUUAGACUCGAUUCUUAAAGAACAUAAUAAAUAAGUUCCUUGUUAUUAAUCUACUAUAUCUGUGUUCCUAGAAGCCUUAAUUUUGUUUAAAAUAUCGUGCCUUCAACUAUGCCUACAUAUAGUUAUGUAUGUAAUUCACGCGAAUUUUAAAAAAGUAGCCACAUUUUAUGAAUUAACCGUUCCAAUAUAACCCGAAAAAUUCAAAUCUCUUUUGCACCGAAAAAGUCCCAUUUUACCUUUAUUGAUGUCGUUCUCUUCAGGUACAAAAUUAAUUCUGUGAAAUUCUCUAAAAAGUAUAAGGACUUGCUGAUAAAAUUUCACUACAAAAUCAGUUUCUACCAAAGUUAUAAUUAGAAAAAAGGAAAGAAUUACUGUGAAAGCAUUUAAAAUUUGUAAAUAUAACAAAAAGCAUCGUUCAAAAGUAAUUA